UAUCAGCAUUGUGCCCAUGUAUAUGGAUCUACCUCAUUAACAUAAAAACAUACCUGCUAGCUACUCCUGCAUAUCAAAAACUCAGUCAGCUACUCAAAAUAUCAAAUACCUUGCUUUAAACAUGAAUACUUUUACAGAAUUUAGCUCUGAUUCAAGAGUAGUGGCUAGACCCAAAUGGCGGAAACUUUUGUAUAUUCAUCAGGAUUAUCCAGACAAUUAUGUAGAUUCAAGCUUUCUCAAGUUAAUGAAACGAAAUGUGAAUGUGCGUCCAUUAAACUACUGGAAUGUUGUCAGCGAGUCGCUCCGAGUAUCGCAACAAAUAAGCGUAGAAGUCAUAUUUGUUGCAAUGUUUAUACACCUGUACAUGCAUAGUUGGAUCUCGCCUGUUGUGCUUAUUGUUGGAAGUUGCACAGUAUCAGCUUGUCUGUAUAUACUUUGGUAUAUCAUGUUGCUUCGAUUUGCAAACUCGGAUUACAAUCCAAGUGAUAGUCCAGUUCCAAAAACUGUGUCCAGCGUUGUUUUGUUCUUUACUAUGUUGCUUGGAUUGACACCGAUUCUUAAAAACCUAACCAAGGAUAUUAGUAGUGAUUCAAUCUGGUUCAUGACCAUAAUGAUGCUUUUGGCAAAUUUACUUUUUCAUGAUUAUGGAUCUGGAAGUUCUACUCAUGCAAGAUUUCCAGAUUCAUUGUCCAUCAAUGCUGCCAUGUUUGCAUCAGUGCUGCUUGCAUCACGGUUAUCAUCCAACAUGAGUGUAUUUGGACUGAUGCUUUUGGCAGUACAAUUGUUUGCUCUAUUUCCAAUACUUUGUCGAUCUUUGCGGGAAUGGUACCAUCCAUCUACAACCUGGGAUAGUAUUCUGACGGUGAUCUUGAUUGGAUUUGCUGUAGCACUAAUGUGGCAUAUUUCUCAUAUGAGUAUAGUGCUUUACAUGGUUUCCAUGAUUUUGGUUACUUUUAUGGGCCCAUAUUUAUUGGUAUUUGCGCAAAGAUACAAAAGUGAGAUUCGUGGUCCAUGGGACGAGGCUGUUAUUAAUCCUGGUGGUCGAUAGUUGUUGGUUUAAUCAUUACAUGAAAAUAAAGAGAAACAUGUUGAACGUG